AUGACAUCCCACAAUGCUGUGCCCUUUCCGGACAUAGAUCCAUACCAAGUGCUCCAGGUUUCGGAGACAGUAACGCCAGCAGAGUUGAGAAAAUCGUAUCGUAAGCUUAUGCUACGAUACCAUCCGGAUAAAACGCAGGAUUGGGCUUCAGAAGCUAAAGAAAAGUUCCACAAGAUCCAAUUUGCCUACGAGGUUUUGGACAACUUCAAAGAUGUUUACGAUAGAACUGGUUCGGUCGAAGCCUGUUUCCAAGAUUCAGAUUUGGCCAGCUGGAAAGAUCUGUUUGAUAUGGACGUAGUUAUCGACAAACACACCAUUGAGGAAGACAAGGUAAAAUAUCGGGGCAGUCUCGAUGAAACAACUGACAUCUGUGAGUCGUGGCGUUCAAAUGAGCAGGAACAUCCUGGGAAAAGAUAUGUACCCGACGAAGACCAGUUUACACUUUUAUUUCAAGAAAUCCCACAUAUUGAGGCCAACAGUGGUGAUGAGACUUAUAUAUACACCAGAGUGGGUCAAUUACUGGAAGACGGCGCAAUUAAGGAUACGAACGGGAGUUUCGAGCGCUGGGGCCAAAACCGUAAGAAAUACUUGGCAAGUCUCAAGAAAAGAUUGGCCAAGGAAGCCAAACUGGCGGAUGAAAUGUUGGCUCAUAUGAAAGAAAAUGAGAAAACUAAGUCAAUUGGCAGCAGCGAUGAGAAUCUCCGAGAACUGAUCCAAAAGAAGAACAAGUCAUCUUUCGAUUCCCUCAUCUCAAGACUUGAAUCUCAAGCAAAUACAAAGACCAAGAAUAAAACUAAGUCUGGGGCAAAGGCCAAAUUCAAGAGGAGUCAUGCGGAAAUCGACGACGCUGAGUUCGAGCAACUACAAGCCAAAAUUACCAAGAGGAAACGAUAG